CAAACAGAAAGUCUCUCAAACGGAAUCUCUUGUUUGUUUGUGAUUGGUCGAUCUUCCACACUUGUCUUCCCGCUUCGGUUUUUUCGGACCACAUGUGAUCACACCCUAACCUAAACGGCCGAUUUAUUCUGUUGGAAUGUACCAAUCACGGUCGACUCUUAAUCGGCCGAUUAAUUUAAUCGGAGAUGGGAUGAACUGGACCUAUUGAUGAUAAAUAUAUGUAUGCAUGUAUAUAGUUGAUACACGAGAGAGAAAAAGAAAGAGACAGAGAAAGAGAGAAUUGCGAAUAGCGAGCGACAGAGAGAAGAGAUUUGCGGACAGUUUGCAAAGAAGAAGAAAAAUGGUGAAGGAAACUGAAGACCGACGACGAAUGAUUAGCUGAUUUUAGUAUGCUCGAAAUUUGGUUGUAGUCACUUGAAAAUUUAUUGUUUUUUCGGAAUUCACAUGCAUUGCUCGUUUGUUUUCUACAAUAAUACUUGUGGUAAAUGUGAUCGGAUACUUACACAUCGCGCGUAGCAUGUCUCUUCACUCGACAAGUCUUAUUAAGACGAGUCUUUGAUUAAUUGGCCUAUACACAUAACCACUCUGAUAAUUAUGAAUUUGCAAACACUUUUUCAAGACUUUAAUCCAAGUAAAUUUCUGGUACAUUCCUGUUUGAUGAUAUUUACAACAUUAUUUGCUCUUCGACUGGAUGGUUUCAUAGAAUGGAGUUAUUGGUCAAUAUUUAGUCCGAUAUGGUUCUGGAAAGGUAUGGUGAUUUUGGGAGCUAUAGUUGGAAGUUAUGUUUGGUGGAGACAUCCCCACGCAAGAUUGGAGGGAGAUGCCUAUGUACAUUAUAAAGCAAUGCUGAUCACUCUGGCAUUACAUUUGAUUUUACUGAUGUUUGAGUUGUUGGUGUGCGACAAGUUAGAAUCGGAGAGACACUUAUGGAUACUUGUAUUCAUACCUUUAAUAUUUAUUUCAAUAGUUUCAAUUGCAGUCUGCAUCUGGGCUGUAAAACAUGAUCGAUCUUUUGAGCUGGAACUAUUCUGCGCAGUGAACAUAUUGCAGUUCAUUUUCUUAGCUCUUAGAUUAGAUGGUUUUAUAACAUGGAGUUGGGAGGUUGUAUUUGUGCCUCUGUGGGCACUUCUGUGCUUAUCCUUGGUAGCUGUUUUAUAUGCAAUAGUGUUUGCUGCUGUUUUAUUGAGGACGCCACAAAUCAACGCCCGGCAGAGGCGAACAUCCUUGAAUUCAGCAUUAGCAUAUACUUUUCUUGUUGUCCCUAUUUUAGUGUUCCAGGUGUUGUUAGCAAAUAAAUUGGAUGGAGAUAUAUCAAUAAAUUAUAUAACAGUGGCGAUGCCACUCCUUGUGUCGCACAUGACUCUUAUUUUUAUGUCAUUUAAUGCGAAAGGUGGAAAUAGAUGGUGGUUCGGCAUAAGAAAAGACUUUUGUCACUUCCUGUUAGGUUUAUGUCCCUUACUUCAAGAAUACGGUAAUAUUUCGUAUCAGCCGAGAGAUGAGCGAGAUCAACAGCCGUCGGAACCGAUGAUCACGGAAAAGGGUGAAAAGCUUAUUAAAAAAAUUGACCUAAUGAAACCUGUUGUGCCUAUAAUUUCCAUAGACAUGCCUGACUAACUGGCUUAAGCAGGCCUUAAAAAUGAAAAGAGAAACGAAUUAAAGAGGUAUAUAUGUAUGAUGGUUGGGAUAUAUACAAGACUGAACACUUCGCAUCUCUAGAAUAGCAUAUUGUUUAGGUAUUUCAAAAGAAAUUUAAAAAAAACAGAAGUCACAAAAACUUGGGAUAAUAUAGAGAAGCGAUAUAUGUAUAUUGCUGUUAAUGUUGCUGGACAUCAUAAUGUUAAAUGCCCUACUCAUUUAUUAUAAUAAUGUAGAAAUAAUAUGUUAUAUACAGACUGUUACAUUACAAUAAUAUGUUAUAUAUAUAUA